AGGCUGGGUGCGCUAGAAACACGGAAAGUCACGGAUCAUGCUUAUGGGAACUUCCGAUUCCGUCUCGAUAAGAGUGGCUCUGCCUGAUGCUCUAUCAUGACUGAUGGCGAAGGGAGAGCGCGCUUUCAGUAUGCAGAGUGCCAGGAGGGGCAGGAGCAGGAGGAGAUGCAGGAGGAGGUGAGGCUCGCUAUACCGACGCCCUACCGGAACGACGCCCCGGGUCACCACGUUGACCCUUGCGGAGGCCGUGAUGAAGAGGAGGACGAGGAGGUGGAGAGGAGGAGGAGGACGAGGAGGAGGAGGAGGAGGAGCAGUUGUAGCGGACGGGGGGUAGAAGGUGGAGGUGAAUGGAGUCCGGAGGUUCAGGAGCAGCAUGAGGGGCAAGAACUGGAGCUGGAAGUGGAAGUCGGACCAACACUGGGAGUUCGCAUCACGGCUCCUAUUCGGGAUCCGGACUGUGUCUCCGAGGAAGAGGAGCAGCAGCCGUACCCGGCCCUGGCCCCCAUGGCCUUCUUCUGCCUGAAGCAAACAACGAGGCCUCGAAACUGGUGUCUCCGUGUCGUCUGUAACCCGUGGUUCGAGCACGUGUCCAUGCUGGUGAUCCUGCUCAACUGUGUGACGCUGGGGAUGUUCCAGCCCUGUGAGGACGUCACCUGCCAGUCAGAGUGGUGCCGCAUCCUACAGGUAUUGGACGACUGUAUCUUCGCUUUCUUUGCUGUGGAAAUGGUCAUCAAGAUGGUGGCCCUGGGAAUUUUUGGCCCCAAUUGUUACCUUGGCGACAAGUGGAACCAGCUUGACUUCGUCAUUGUCAUGGCAGGGGUGAUGGAGUAUUCUCUGGAUGGCCAUAACGCCAGUCUGUCAGCCAUCCGUACCGUCCGAGUGCUCAGGCCACUGCGAGCCAUCAACAGAGUUCCAAGUAUGAGGAUCUUGGUGACACUGCUGUUGGACACCCUGCCCAUGUUAGGAAACGUCCUCCUCCUCUGCUUCUUCGUCUUUUUCAUCUUCGGCAUUGUGGGAGUCCAGCUGUGGGCGGGACUUCUGCGCAACCGCUGCUUCCUGGGAGAGGAUAUCGGAGCAAUGUACAACUUGUCCAUAAGCUCUUACUAUAUGUCGGAGGAAGGUGAAGACAGCCCGUUUAUCUGCUCGGCCCCUCGCGAGAACGGGAUGCUGCGUUGCCACAAUGUGCCGCCAUACACCGAGGGCGGGGUGGAGUGUUCACUGGCCGCGCCCCACCAGAGUUCAGCUCUGAUUGGAUCAACCCCUGUGGUGGGAGGGGCUAGUGUUAAUGGCUGCGUUAACUGGAACCAGUACUAUAAUGUGUGUCAUUCCGGGGACCUCAACCCUCACAAGGGAGCUGUCAACUUUGACAACAUUGGCUACGCCUGGAUAGCCAUAUUCCAGGUCAUCACACUAGAAGGAUGGGUAGAUAUCAUGUACUAUGUCAUGGAUGCACACUCCUUCUACAAUUUUAUAUAUUUUAUACUGCUCAUUAUUGUGGGCUCUUUCUUCAUGAUCAACUUGUGCCUCGUGGUCAUCGCCACCCAGUUCUCUGAGACAAAGCAAAGAGAGAACGCCCUGAUGAGGGAGCAGCGCGCACGCUACAUGUCCAACGACUCCACGCUCGCCAGCUACAGCGAACCAGGCUCAUGCUACGAGGAGAUGCUGCGCUACAUCAGUCACCUUUAUCGCAAGUUUACGCGCAGGCUGCAGAGGAUAUACUCCGGAUGGCACAGUAAACGGCGUAAAAAGGUGAAUCCUAAUGGCAGUGGCGGAGGAAGUAACGGCGGGGGUAAUGGACACGGCCACGGUUCCAGCAGGGGCUGCGGAGCCUCGGGCCCGAAUAGCGCAUUGUGGCUGAGGCCGAUCCACAACCUUCUGCAGCACCAUCAGCACCAGCACUGUCGCCUCAGCAACGGGGGGCAGCACACCGUCAGUGUGGGAACCGCUGAGCACAUAGACAGAGAGGGAGGCAGUGGAGGAGGGGAGGAGCUCGAGAUGAAGUCGCUUCCUGUCCGGAGAGGGAGUACAAAUGGGAAUAACAGUGACGGCAGUGACGGCAGUAACGGCAGCGGUGGCGGCAACCCGUCUGCUGUCACCCAUGGCAUGGGGGCCUUGCUCGGGCGGCUGAAUGGGGGGAUGAACUAUCCCACCAUUCUGCCAUCUUUUGUGUGCAGCUACAGCAGUAAGACGCCACCACCUCACUCCCAGCAGUGCAGGCCCAGUCCUGAGCAGCACCCACCAAACCACCCAUCGUCUGAACACACAGAGACACUGAACAAGCUCUACCAGCUCAUGGGACAGCACAGUCGCCAGAGGCUGCUGUACCAGCUGGCAGGCAUGGUGCCCAGCCCUCUGCUCCUGGAGCUGCUCAGCUGCCCUCUGUGUGCCCGCAGCCUGGAGACCUUAGAGCUGGAGCUGGGAGACCUGGAGGGAGGCAGAGGAGAGGCAGACGGACUGCACGACUUCCCCCAGGGGGGAGAUCUGAGAGGUAGAAGAGGUCGGAGCAGGCGGCGGGGGGUCGUGGAGUACAAAAACGGAGCGGUUCGGGCCUGGGUAGACUUCAGGGAAAAACUGAAGAGGAUUGUGGAAAGUAAAUACUUCAACCGGGGGAUCAUGAUCGCUAUCCUCGUCAAUACUCUCAGCAUGGGGAUAGAGUACCACGAGCAGCCUGAGGAGCUUACUGACGUGUUAGAGAUCAGUAACAUAGUCUUUACCAGUAUGUUUGUCUUGGAGAUGGGCUUCAUGCUCCUGGCUUUCGGCUUGUUUGGAUACAUCAGGAACCCGUACAACAUCUUCGAUAGCAUCAUCGUUAUCAUCAGCGUGUGGGAAAUAAUCGGUCAGUCGGACGGCGGCCUGUCGGUCCUGCGCACAUUUCGCCUGCUGCGGGUUCUGAAGCUGGUUCGCUUCCUGCCCGCCCUGAGGAGACAACUGGUAGUGCUGAUGAAGACCAUGGACAAUGUGGCCACCUUCUGCAUGUUGCUGAUGCUUUUCAUCUUCACUUUCAGUAUACUGGGUAUGCAUCUGUUUGGUUGUAAAUUCAGUCUCCAAAUGGACAAUGGAGACACAAUCCCUGACCGCAAGAACUUUGACUCUUUACUCUGGGCCAUCGUCACUGUUUUCCAGAUUCUCACCCAGGAGGACUGGAAUGUGGUGUUGUAUAACGGCAUGGCCUCUACCUCUCCAUGGGCGGCUCUCUACUUUGUUGCUCUCAUGACAUUUGGCAACUAUGUGCUUUUCAAUUUACUAGUGGCCAUCUUGGUUGAGGGCUUCCAGGCUGAGGGUGAUGCUAAUCGGUCGGAGUCAGAUGAUGAGAAGAAAUCAGACAACUCUGAAGAGGACGAGAAGGUAGAACAGCUCAGAGACACCGAGCUAAAGAUGUACUCCCUGAUGAUGACAGCUAACGGUCACGUUGACCCUCGCGGCUCGAUGGCUCCUCCUAUAAUCAUGCGAACGGCAGCCACGCCCAUGCCCACUCCGAAGAGCUCUCUGGGACCUGAAUCCAUCCUUGGGGAGGAGCUCGUGUAUGGAGAGGGUGUGCCUCGAUACGGCGAGGCGGGGCUGGGGCUUUCUGAGGCGGGAACUGAUCAUGCAGAGUCUCGCCGUGGAAGCUCCACCUCCAUGGACCCUUUAGCCUACGAUCAGCGUUCUCUAGGCCUCUCAAGUCCCGGCCACCGCUCCCCUCUUCCUCCGCGUGGGACUGGGAGCUCAUGGGGAAGCCGCCGCUCCAGCUGGAACAGCCUGGGAAGAGCGCCGAGCCUCAAAAGGCGAGACACCAGCGGAGAGAGGGAGAGCCUGUUGUCCGGGGAGGGAGGAGAGGAGGAAGACGGCAGGGAAGACAAGGGGGAGGCUGGGGGAAACAACAGAUUACGGCCUGGGUCCUUGGAGCUGCUGCAGGCGUCCACUCUCUUGCCUUCAAUAAUAGCAGAGUACGGCGACUGUAACGGGAGGAGCCUGACUUACGACCCCAACAUGAACUCCGACUCCAAGGAAGACUCCUUGCCUGAAGACGACAUGGACGAUGACAGUUCUCUGUGCUACACGAUUAAGAAAGAGCUCCGUAACAUGAAGCCCCGCUGGUGCAAAGAGCAUGAAGACUGGAAUCUGUAUUUGUUCUCUCCAGAGAGCCCAUUCCGUUUGUGGUGCCAAGCUGUGAUCACUCACAAAAUGUUCGACCAUGUGGUUUUGGUUUUCAUCUUCCUCAACUGCAUCACCAUUGCUCUGGAAAGACCUGACAUACAGCCGCAUAGCACGGAGCGAGUGUUUCUGAGCGUGUCCAACUACGUUUUCACUGUGAUCUUCCUUGCAGAAAUGGCCAUUAAGGUUGUAGCUCUCGGUUUCUGCUUCGGGAAUCAGAGCUACCUCCAGUCCAGCUGGAACGUUCUGGAUGGUUUGUUGGUGUUUGUGUCUCUGGUCGACAUCCUGGUCUCUCUGGCCUAUACUGGCGGAAACAGGAUCCUGGGCAUCCUCAGAGUCCUGCGCCUGCUACGAACACUACGCCCACUCAGGGUAAUCAGUCGAGCCCCGGGCUUGAAGCUGGUUGUGGAGACUCUCAUCACCUCUCUUAGACCCAUCGGGAACAUUGUCCUUAUCUGCUGCGCCUUCUUCAUUGUCUUUGGCAUCUUGGGGGUGCAGCUAUUCAAAGGGAAGUUCUACCACUGUGAAGGUCUGGACACGAAAAACAUCACCAACAAGUCAGACUGUCUGCAGGCUAAUUACCGCUGGAUAAGAAGGAAGUACAACUUUGACAACCUGGUCCAGGCCCUGAUGUCAUUGUUUGUACUGUCGUGUAAGGACGGCUGGGUCAACAUCAUGUAUGAUGGGCUUGAUGCGGUGGGAGUGGACCAACAGCCUGUGAGAAACCACAACCCCUGGAUGCUGCUCUACUUUAUCUCCUUCCUGCUCAUCGUCAGCUUCUUCGUCCUCAACAUGUUUGUCGGUGUCGUGGUGGAGAACUUCCACAAGUGCCGGCAGGACCAGGAAGAGGAGGAGGCCCGCUUACGGGAAGAGAAGAGGCUCAAAAUGAUAGAGAAAAAGCGCAGGAGUAAGGAGAAUGAAGGGGCUGGUCGGUAG